GUGCCUUUCCCGCGUGAGGAACUACAAGACAUGCUCAAAAUAAAGGCCCAGAUCCAAAUCCCAAAAUUAAGAAACCCAAACGAUUUUAUUGAAGCCGUGGAACCCAAAUUCCAAAAAUUAAAUUGAACUUGCUAAACAAAGAGACCCGCAAAUAAAAGCCCUGUCAGCGCCACAUGUCAUCAUGGGCCCCAUCUAAACAGAAAUUAAAAUUAACAUUUUUGAAAAAAUAAAAUAUAAGAAGGUCAAGACGCAGGACCCGAAUAACUGGAAGUCUGGAAUCUACUCCUCCGCCACCCACCUUCACCACACACACUUAACCUCCGCAUAUAUAAACACACACUCGAACCCCUCUCACCCACUCUUUCUCUCUCUAUUUUUCUGUGACCUUUUCUCUCAUUUCUUUCAUGGCCACCACCUCUUCUAUCUCCUGAUUUUCAUACUUAUCACUGUCUCUGAACAUCUUCUAUCGCUGCAUCUCUGUUGUGGAUUCUAUAUCGUCGUCAUGGCUAAAGAUGAGUGGGUGAGGGCGGCGAUGACGGACGACAUGGUGGUGGUGGAGCUGCUAGUGAGGCUGAAACAGGCGCAGGCUGAUUCACCGACGAUGUGCGCGGCGGUUUUCCCUCUCAAGUGGGGGAUGCGGCAGCCGCGGUCGAGGCUCGCGAUGAGAUGCGAUGGCGUUGAGCGGAGGAAAGAAGGCGAUUCUUCGACCAGAUGCAGCCCUACAACGCCGCUUUCCUGGAGCGGUAGAGGCGGAGAAGCCUCUCCCUCCGGAACUGCCGACGGUCUCGAAGAGACCAGCCGCCAAAACAGCCGCUCUCCCUCCGGCUCCAGAUCCAAGAUUACCAGCACAUCUGAAGCCACUAGCAUCACACUUAAGAGGUCAAGGAAAAAGAAGACAUUUUCUGAGCUCAAAGAGGAGGAGAAUUUGCUGUUGAAGGAAAGGAUACAUCUGAAAAAGGAGUUGGCAAUAUUACGUGCAACUUUUAUGAAACAAAGAGCCACAAAUGAUAAUUUGAAGAGAAUGAAGCUUGACUUAGGUUUUCAGCCUGUAAUGAACUCGAGUUCGAUUUCCAAUGAAGAAGAUAACGGAAAUUGCUGUCAAAACAAAAACAGUGAAGCCCCUUCCAUGCCAAGAAUUCCUAUUGGAGAGAAUCACUCACUGUCAUAUUCUAGUGAAGUACACAAGGACGUCUCUAUCCUGGAGCCAUCUUUCUCGCUCCCCGAUCUAAAUAUGAUGCCGCUGGAGGAAGACUCCACCUUUGAGACUCUGUAUGGAAUGAGAGGAUGAAAAUAAGUUGAGUUCACCAUUUGAAGUCAUUACAAAUGAGAUCACAGGCGAUAUGCUCAUAAACUCGCAUGUCUAAGGAGCCUUUGAGUUGAUUAUGUUCAACGAUUAGUGCAGUUACUGAUAUAAAACACUAAUAUGACUAAAUCCAUUGCCAGUUUCUUGGAAGGCAAAGGAAUUUGACUAGUCGUUAAGGGUCGUACAGAGAUCCUAGAUAUUAGAUUGUAAAGAUUCUUCUUAUGUUGCUGGAUUCUGCAUUCCGCUGGAAUUCAUGUGGGGCAAAACCGCAUUGCUUUUUAGUAGUGGUUUUGUCAUUCUUUGUAGCUUAAAAGAUGUCCUGAAGACUUUAUUCCAACUAAUUGACUGUUUUUUCCAUUGCAAUUAUUGACUAUUCUUAUGUUGGAAUGGAAUAAAUUUAGAAAA